AAUAGACUGGACUGCCCUGCAACGGCAGACUGCAAUAAAACUGCUGAAGCUACUUACAAUCUUACUCAACCAUUCAUCGGACUGCUCACCAACACUAAACCAGCAUAUCACUGAGCGUGUCACCCAGAUGUUUCCAUGACCUGGGUCAAAAGCGUGAACUGAUACUUCACUUGUGUAUGGAACCUCCCCUGGUGUAAACUGACACAAACCAACCUUGAGGGGGUUGCUAUUUGGAGCCAAAUAUGUUCCAUCUGAUUAAGAAAGACAAGGAUGAGAGGAAGAAGGAGAAAAAAGACAGGAAGGACAAAAAGGAGAGGAUGUCCCAGGCAGAGCUGACGAGUCUGGACGAGAUGAGCCAGAGGCGGGGCUUCUUCAAUCUCCACCGAGGAGGCUCUAAGAGGGACUCCAAGAUCAAGCUGGAGAUCUCCAGCCCCAUCCCUAUCAAGGUGGCUAGCAACACAGAGCUCAGCCUUACUGAUCUAGAUGCUGAUCGCUUCAGUAACCGUGGCAGCAUGGUCCUGGACCUGGGCCAGGUGAGUGCAGCCAGCUCCAGUGAUGACAUCAAGGGGGAGGGGGGACAGGACCCCCAUCGCAUCUCUGUGAAGGAGCGGGCGGCCAAGUUCGGUGGUCUGGCCAAGCAGAACUCCCAGGUGGGCCAGAUCAUGAAGCCCUUCUCCCAGAUGAACAAAGAGGAGAGUGCCUCUGAGGCUUCCACACCAAGCUCAACUCAACCGUCUCCCCAGUUAGAGAACAAGGUGAACACCUACCACAGACAGGCUUCCCAGCAGCAUCCCCAGGUCCACAGCAGGGCUGGGAAGAGGGUUCACAUCCCAGAAGUGGUGGAGAAGACCUUCCCUGCAGACCUGCGACUGCCUGGCGUCAUGGCUCCACCUAUGCCUGAGCCCAGGGAACUGGAGCUGCAGCGCCGCAACACAGGAGACUUUGGUUUCUCCUUGCGCCGCACCACCAUGUUGGACCGGAGGUCUGACGGUGGGGUCUACCGGAGGGUGGUCCACUUUGCUGAGCCUGGAGCCGGGACCAAGGACCUGGCGCUGGGUCUGGUGCCUGGAGACAGGUUAGUGGAGAUCAACGGGCACAACGUGGAGAAUAAGAGCCGGGACGAGAUCGUGGAGAAGAUCCGUCAGUCUGGGGACUCUGUGAGGUUAAAGGUUCAGCCCAUCGUGGAGCUGAGUGAGCUGAGCCGCUGCUGGCUGAGGAGCAGUGAGGGGCUGCGCAGGGAGGCCUACGAUGUGAAGACCGAGGAGCAAAUAGCUGCUGAGAAGGCCUGGUACGGCACAGAGAAAGUAUGGCUGGUUCACAAGGAUGGAUUCUCCUUGGCGACCCUGUUGAAGACGGAGCCAGGCAGUCUGCCAGAGGGGAAAGUCAAGAUCAGACUGGAGAGCGACGGCUCGUUGCUGGAUGUGGAUGAAGAUGAUGUGGAGAAGGCCAACCCUCCAUUGUUUGACCGCGUGGAGGACCUGUCCUCGCUGCAGUACCUCAAUGAGUCCAGUGUGAUGCACUCUCUGCGCCAGCGCUACGGGGGUAACCUCAUACACACCCACGCUGGGCCCAACAUGGUGGUCAUCAACCCCAUCAGCGCCCCCUCCAUGUACUCUGAGAAGGUGAUGCACAUGUUUAAGGGGUGCAGGAGGGAGGACACGGCACCUCACAUCUAUGGUGUUGCCCAGUCAGCCUAUAGGAACCUGUUGACCACGCGCCAGGACCAGUCUAUUGUGCUGCUGGGCAAGAGCGGCAGCGGCAAGACUAUCAACUGUCAACACCUGGUCCAGUACCUGGUCACCAUCGCUGGCAGCACUGGCAAGACCUUCUCUGGUAGGUUUCGAGGGGAAAGAACAUGCACGGAGAAGUGGCAGGCGGUCUACACCAUCCUGGAGGCUUUUGGGAACAGCUCCACCUCCAUGAACGGGAACGCCAGUCGCUUUUCCCACAUCGUGUCCCUGGACUUUGACCAGGCUGGCCAGGUGGCCUCGGCCUCCAUUCAGACCAUGCUGCUGGAGAAGCUAAGGGUGACCAGGCGGCCAGAGGGAGAGUCCACCUUCAAUGUCUUCUACUACAUGAUGGCUGGAGCUGACAGUUCUCUAAAGACUGAGUUGCACUUUAACCACUUUGCUGAAAACAGCGCCUUCGGAAUCAUGCCUCAACCCAAGUCUGAAGAGAAGCAGCGGGCCUCCCAGCAGUUCACCAAGCUGCAGGCAGCUAUGAAGGUCCUGGGGAUCAGUGGGGAGGAGCAGAGGGCCUUCUGGCUGGUCCUGGGGGCCAUCUAUCAUCUAGGAGCUGCAGGGGCCACCAAGGUGUCAGUCAUCGAGGAAAUUGACGAAGAGAAAGCCGGUAGGAAACAGUUUGCACGUCAUGAGUGGGCGCAGAAGGCUGCCUACCUGCUGGGCUGCACCUUGGAAGAGCUCUCCUCCUCCAUCUUCAAGCACCAGGCCAAAGGCACCCUGCCCAGAGCCAGCUCUAUACGCCAGGGGACAGACGAUGCAGCAGGAGAAGCCUCAGGUUCCAAGACCACAGCCAUGGAGUGUUUAGAAGCCAUGGCAUCUGGGCUGUACUCGGAGCUCUUCACCCUCCUCGUCUCCCUCAUCAACAGGGCUCUGAAAUCCAGCCAGCACUCUCUGUGCUCCCUGCUCAUCGUGGACACCCCGGGCUUUCAGAACCCUCGCCUGGCCAAGCGGGAGCGCGGAGCCACCUUUGAAGAGCUCUGCCACAACUACACCCAGGAGCGUCUGCAGACACUGUUCUAUCAGCGCACCUUUGUACAGGAGCUAGAGAGAUACAAAGAGGAGAACAUAGAGCUUCCAUUAGAUGACAUGGAACCUAACACCUCUCUGUCUGUAGCUGCAGUAGACCAAGCGUCAAGUCAAGCACUGGUGCGGACGCUGAGGACUGAUGAGGCGCGGGGCCUGUUGUGGCUGAUGGAGGAGGAGGCUCUGCAGCCUGGGGGUUCUGAGGACACUCUACUGGGACGUCUCUUCAGCUACUACGGCCCUGCCGAGGGCGAGAGCAAAGGUCACACCUUGCUGUUGAAGAGUGAGAGACUACAUCACUUCCUGCUGGGCCACAGCCAUGGUACAGACUGGGUGGAGUAUGACGCCCGUGGUUGGCUGAGCCAUGCUAAACAGAAUCCUGUCUCGACCAAUGCAGCGAGUCUCCUGCAGGACUCCCAAAAGAAGAACAUCAGUGGUCUGUUUAUGAGUCGAGGGGGUGGGGCCACCAUCCUGUCAGGCUCCAUUGCUGGCCUUGAGGGCGUUUCCCAGCUGACCUUGCGGCGUGCCACCAGCAUGAGGAAGACCUUCACCACCGGGGUGGCAGCCGUCAAGAAGAAGUCCUUCUGCAUCCAGAUCAAACUACAAGUGGACGCUCUGCUGGACACGGUAAGGAGGUCCAGGGUUCACUUUGUCCACUGCUUGCUGCCCAAUGCUGAUGCCCUGCGGGCGGGCAGAGGGGAAUUGGAGGCCCAGGGGGAAAGUGGAGACUCUGGCCUGAUGCAGCUGGAUGUGGCCCUGCUCCGGUCCCAGCUCCGCGGCUCCAAGCUGCUGGACGCCCUCAGAAUCUACAGACAAGGAUACCCUGAUCACAUGGUCUUCUCAGAAUUCCGCCGCCGCUUCGAUGUGCUGGCACCACACCUGACCAAGAAACUUGGCCGCAACUACAUAGUGAAGGAUGAGAAGAGGGCGGUAGAGGAGCUGCUGGAGUCCCUGGACCUGGAGAAGAGCAGCUAUCACAUGGGACUGAGUAGGUUGUUCUUCAGAGCGGGGACCUUGGCUAAACUGGAGGAGCAGAGGGAUGAGCAGACCAGACACAACAUCACCCUGUUCCAAGCAGCCUGCAGUGGGUACCUGGCCAGACAGGCCUUCAAGAAGAGGAAGACCCACGACCUGGCCAUCCGCUGCAUCCAGAAGAACAUCAAGAAGAACAAGGGAGUGAAGGGCUGGCCCUGGUGGAAGCUGUUCACCACCGUACGGCCGCUCAUCGAGGUGCAGCUCACAGAGGAACAGAUUCGAGGAAAAGAUGAGGAGAUCCAGCAUCUGAAGGGCAAGCUGGAGAAGACUGAGAAAGAGAGAAACGAAGUGAGAUUGAACAGUGAUCGACUGGAGAGCAGGAUCACAGAGUUGUCAGCGGAGCUUGCGGAUGAGAGGAACACUGGAGAGUCGGCCUCCCAGCUGCUGGAGACAGAGACGUCUGAGAGACUGAGACUGGAGAAAGACAUGAAGGACCUACAGGCUAAGUUUGACUUGAUGAAGAAGCAGAUGGAGUGUAUGGAGAUGGAGGUGAUGGAGGCUCGUCUCAUCAGAAUGGCAGAGAUCAACGGGGACAUGGACGACGACGAUGAUGAUGCAGGAGGAGAGUGGCGGUCGAAGUACGACCGAGCCAUCCGGGAGACUGAGUUCACCAAGAAGAGACUUCAGCAGGAGUUUGAAGACAAGCUGGAGACCGAGCAGCAGAAUAAAAGACACCUGGAGAGAAGGCUGACUGACUUGCAGGCGGACAGUGAUGAGGUGCAGCGCUCUGUGCAGCAGCUGAAGAAGAAGUGUAGCAGAUUGACAGCUGAGCUGCAGGACACCAAGCUGCACCUGGAGGGCCAGCAGAGCCGCAACCACGACCUGGAGAAGAAACAGAGGAAGUUUGACUUGGAGCAGAACCAGGCCCAGGACGAGGUGCUGAGGGAGAAGAACCUGAGAGAGAAGCUGGGCCGGGAGAGAGACAUGAUGACUGGGGAGCUGUUCAGUCUGCGACAGCAGCUGCAGGACAAAGACAUGGAGCUGUGUGCCGUCCAGCUGAAGGUGGAGCAGCUGGAUGCGGAGCUACAGGACCUGUCCUCCCAGGAGUCCAAGGACGAGGCGUCGCUGUCCAAGACCAAGAAGACCCUCCGCGACCUGGAGGCCAAGGUCAAAGACCAGGAAGAGGAGCUGGACGAGCAAGCCGGGACCAUCCAGAUGCUGGAGCAGGCCAAGCUGCGUCUGGAGAUGGAGAUGGUGAGUCUGCGGCAGACCCACUCUAAAGACAUCGAGAGCAAGGAUGAGGAGGUGGAGGAGAUCAGGCAGUCCUGCAGUAAGAAGCUGAAGCAGAUGGAGGUACAGCUGGAGGAGGAGUAUGAUGACAAGCAGAAAGUCCUGCGUGAGAGGAGAGAGCUGGAGACCAAAUUGCUGUCUGCCCAGGACCAGGUGGGCUGCAGGGACGUGGAAACAGAGAAGAGGCUGAGGAAGGACCUGAAACGCACCAAAGUGCUGCUGGCUGACGCCCAGAUUAUGCUGGACCACAUGAAGAACAACGCCCCCAGCAAGCGAGAGACCGCCCAGCUCAAAAACCAGCUGGAGGAGUCAGAGUUCACGUGUGCUGCGGCGGUGAAGUCUCGUAAGGGCAUGGAGAUAGAGAUCGAGGACCUACACAUCCAGAUGGAGGAUGUGGUCAAAGUCAAGAUGUCGCUUGAGGAGCAGGUGUCCCGUCUGCAAAGGGAGAAGAACGACCUACAGUCUCGUAUGGAGGAGGACCAGGAGGACAUGAACGAGCUGAUGAAGAAACACAAGGCUGCCGUCUCCCAGUCUGCCAGAGACCUGGCCCAGAUCAGUGACCUGCAGGCCCAGCUGGAGGAAGCCAUGAAGGAGAAGCAGGAGAUCCAGGACAAGUUGCAGUCCCUGCAGAGCCAGCUGGAGUUCCAGGAGCAGUCCAUGGUGGAGAAGUCCCUGGUCAGCAGGCAGGAGGCCAAGAUCCGUGAGCUCGAGACCAAGCUGGAGUACGAGAGGACCCAGAUCAAACGCCUGGAGAGCUUGACAGGUCGUCUGAAGGAGAACCUGGAGAAGAUGACGGAGGAGAGAGACCACCGCGGUAAUGGAGAGAACAGGGAGAAGGAGCAGAACAAACGCAUACAGAGACAGAUGAGGGACAUCAAAGAGGAGAUGGCUGAGCUGUCCAAGAAGGAGGCCGAGGCCAGCCGCAAGAAGCACGAGCUGGAAAUGGACAUAGAGAGUCUGGAGGCAGCCAAUCAGAGUCUGCAGGCAGACCUCAAGCUGGCCUUCAAGAGGAUUGGAGACUUGCAGGCUGCCAUAGAGGAUGAGAUGGUCGACAGUGACGGCGAUGAUGACCUCGUAAACAAUUUACAAGACAUGGUGACAAAGUAUCAGAAACGAAAGAACAAAACUGGUGACGAGUCGGACACGGACUCAGAGGUGGAGGACCGUGUGGACGGGGUCAAGUCCUGGCUGUCCAAGAAUAAGGGCUCCACCAAGACUCUGUCAGACGAGGGCAGUCUGAAGAGCUCCAGAUAUGCAGUGAAUGUAGAUGCCAAGGAAGGCAAAGAGGUUAAGGAGAUUAAAGAAGGUAGCAAGGAAGGCAAAGAGAGCAAAGAAGUAGACAGCAGAUCGGUGUCUGUGAUGAGUUCCCUUAGCUACAGGAAGCGUUCCAACCUGAAAGACUCCAUCGGAGGCCAGGGGGACGAGAGCUCCCUCUUCAGUACGCUAAAGGAACAGUCCGACACCCCGGACCGCUCCUCCCUACGCAAGGCCAAGUCUAAGUCCACAGACCAGGACGACAGGAAGAAGUCACAAGAUGAUGAUGACCGUGGUUCGGUCAUCUCCCAGGCCUACUCUGAGGCCACCAGCAGGGCCAGGAAGGGUCUGGAGCGCCGCUGGGCCCCACACAGCCCUGACUUUGACAAGGACUCCAUGGUGUCCUCCCUGGCCCCUAGCAGGUCCAGCCGUAGAGCCAUGCCAAACAUGGAUGAUGACAAUAUGUCCACCAUUAGCAGCAUCACCAGUGUUAGUCGUACCAGCCCUCGUGGCCUGCGACGUAGCACCUCCUGGAAGGAUGAUGGGCGUAUCGAUUCAUACGGGACCUCGGUCAGCCCCAGCAUGAGCAGGCGCACUGGGGGUCGCAGCCCAGGCAGCGUGAGCAAGGCUGACUCCCGUAUAUCUGUGGCCCGCAGCAGCCGGCUCAGUGAGUUCGGCCUGCGCAUGGACGACGAUGAUGAUGCUCUGAGCAUGGCCUUCAGUCAGGGAACCUCUGCCUACAGCCCUCACUCCCUAGGCCGCAGCUACUCCACCCCGGCUCAGCCUCGCUCCUCUGACGACAACCCCCCAGACACCUCUGACAUUAAGGCUGUCACCCACCGGAACUACCUUGACCCUGACCUGGAGAAGGCCAUCAACGAGGUCCUCAGCUUCAAGCCCAUCAAGUUCAAACGCAGCAAACUGGACGAGUCUGACGACGAGGAAGAGAAUGAGGAAAAGAAAGAUGAGGAUGACCGGAACAGUGUGAAGGGGGAUGACGAGGGUCUGGGCCGUAGUGCAUCCAGCGUGCGUCGCUCAGCGUCUGGCUCAGCAGUGGACUACAGCACCAGGUCCUCCAGCAGCUUCAGCUCCCACAGCACCAGCAGCUCCAGCUCCCGCAGAGGCAAGGCCAAGAAGAAGAGCUCCUCAGACAGCUCCUCAGACUCAGACGACCGCCACAGCAGGAAAAGCUCCAAGAAGAAGGGAAAGAAGUCCAGGAAGGGCUCCAGGAAGAAAGAGAGCAAGUCUGAAUCUUCCUCUUCUGAGUCCUCCUCUUCCUCCAGCUCGGCCUCCACCGUCUCCUACCGCAGCUCCAACAGUGUGAAGAGAGGUCCAGCCCGCCCUGCCUCAGAUGAGGAAGAUGCCGCUGAACAGAGAGCCCCAAGUAAGAAGGAUGAGAAGAAAAAGAAGAAGAAGAUGGACAGCAUGGUGAUGAAAUAUCUCUACAAGCCUGAUAGUGACUAAAGCCCCUGGCCAGCACCCUCCUCUGUACCGGAGACACCUCAGUGAAGAGGACAAAGAGGAGAGGGGUUCGAGCAGACACUCCCUGAAGGAAAGUGACAGUGAU